AUGACGAAGAAUAAUCUUGCUUCGCAUCUGAAAUGGCUUUUGAAUCAAGGCCCUUCUCUCUACCCGACCUUGACCACCGAUACCCCUCUGGUCGAACGCGACAACUGUGUGUCUCAACAACCAACUCCGCCCUCCGACGAAAGUGACGAACCAGAUGAGAUAUUUGAGCAUUGCAAUGAUGUAACGGAUGAGAACAUGGCAAGACUUAUGCUUGCACCGCAAUCGGCGAGCAAGCCUCGUAUGCUCAGCCACCCCGACAAGUCAAUCGAGAGGACGCUUUCGACAUCGAAGAAGCUCCCGUCUUCGAAAAGUGUGGUCCAAGGUACAAGAACUGGCGAUUUGGCCGAGAGUUCCAUAGCUGAUGCGGAUGUUGGAGAAACAGAAUCUUGUUAUGAGCCAACUUCAUCUUCGAAGUCCAUUCGACCCAAAGCAACCCCACUUUGCUCAGACCCAAAGAUCGAGACUUCCCCGUUCGAUACCAUUGAUUCGAUCGAUCUGACCGGAGAUUUCAAUCAAAUGCCAUCUUCAACGAUGGCCAAGUUAGGACUGCCGCGUCGACUAUGGACCGAGGAGGAUGAAAUCCGAGAUCGACCCAACGAGAAACGUGGGAAGAAACGAACGAGCGAAGAAUUUACAUCUGAUCUCUUUGCACCGUCAAAUUACGCUGCUAAAAUGCGGACGCCCUCAAAAGAUAGCCGGCCCUCAGUGUCGACUACUGCAGAGUCUCUUUCUGCGAGGAGUGAAGUCAGCCGAAAGAGCCCCUCUCAAUCAAUGGCGCUUGCCCAGCCGAGCUCUACCAAAACCCCAACGAGUAGUCUCAAGCAGGUCAUUUCCGACUCAGAUGAAGAAGAUGACCCAUUUGACGUGAGCUGGCUGGCCAAUGACGGGGUUGAGGACAUGGUUCUAGAUGCCGACCCAGGAUUAUAUCCACGUCUACCGCAAAUUAGCCCCGCCGAGAGUGAAAAGAAGAAAAAGACGAAAAUCGAGAAGUCCACUUCCAGAAGCUCACCAUCGAAGACUGUUGUGGACACUAUAACUACUCGCAAGGAGUUCCAGCCUCCGCAGCCAUCACCGGAACUGAAACCACCCAGCUCUCAGAAAAAGGCAUCUCCGAAUGUUUUGCAUUUUCUUAGUUUAUCGGCCGGCACUUUGCAACUUCUAACGUCAAAGUUGAAGGCAACUCUACAAAAGAACGCGGAGAUUGUUUACGAACAAGCGAUGGAAGGUCGGCCGGCCCCCGAUCUGAUUGCCGAGAACAAGGACCUCGUUUCCCAAAUUCAAGCCAUCAUGACCUUGCAAGGAUAUCGAGAUACCCACAGAGACUGUGUCUCUCGCAAAGAGAACCUCAAAAGGAGUCUGAUGCAAGCUAUCUCCCAAGGCUUGGACCCAACAACGAUGCCGAAUGAACUUGCACGAAGUCGCGCAGUUGAGGCGGAGCUGGAAGAGGUCGAAUCAAAGAUUUGUGAACUAUUACCUCGGGCCAAGCUGUUGGAUGUUGGCCACGAGCCAGUGUCGGAAACUCAUAGCUCUCCAAGGAAUUCUACUCGAGCAAUCCUGCCUUCAGAAGGGCAAGAGGCUUUCUCCUCUUCACGAGCAUCACCGCCAGCAUCGACAAGGCCAGCCCAAAGAGUAGAAAUCACCCGAGAAUCGCUGUCUUCAACGAGUCCCAAGAGACACAAACAAGGCUCUGUCAUGGCUUACAAUGAUGAAAGUCAUAUCUCUCGAAAUAUGGGCUCUCCGCCCCCGCCAAUGAACUUCGAGGAUUUUGACUGGAAUGCCAGUGAUGAUGAGAUGCUUGAGGUAGCCGGAAGCUUUGACAAUGGGCCCCUCGUGUCUGUCAGCGAACAGCCUAGCCAAACCCGCAAGGUUUUCGCCGAGACCUCCGGAAACUCUUCGCGCAUGCCCCGCCAAAGAAAUCACCGGCUCGCAGCAACUUUUGGUCCAACCAUCCAUGGUCCCAUGAAACCAAAUCAACUCGAGGCCAUUGACGCUACCCUUGGCGGGAAAGACACCUUCAUCUUGAUGCCAACCGGCGGAGGAAAAUCAUUGUGUUAUCAGUUGCCUUCAAUUGUGAACAGCGGCCGUACACGCGGUGUAACCCUCGUGAUCUCUCCCUUGCUGAGCUUGAUGCAAGACCAGGUCGAUCAUCUGCGGAAGCUAAACAUCAAAGCCUUUUUGAUGAACGGUGAAACAGAGCAAGCCCAACGCUCAUGGAUCCUCGGUCAAUUAUCCAGUCAUGGCGGUGAAGGUUUGGAAUUGCUAUACAUCACGCCGGAGAUGAUCAACAAAAAUCAAACUCUGGUCCGAGCUCUCGAAAAGCUCCAUCACCGCAACCAAUUGGCACGUCUGGUUAUUGACGAGGCACACUGUGUCAGUCAAUGGGGCCAUGACUUCCGACCAGAUUAUAAGGAGCUGGGAGAAGUUCGAGCCAAACUUCCUGGUGUGCCACUCAUGGCUUUGACAGCUACGGCUACAGAGAAUGUGAAAGUAGAUGUCAUGCACAAUCUCAAAAUGAGCGGAUGUGAGGUUUUUUUGCAGAGCUUUAAUCGUCCCAACUUGACCUACGAAGUUCGACCCAAGGGCAAAAAUGACGAGGUGCUCGCUAGCAUUGCCGAAACGAUCAACAGCACUUAUAAAAAUCAGUGUGGAAUUAUUUACUGUCUCUCUCGCAAAACAUGUGAGAAGGUUGCGGAGGACCUUCAGAAGAAGUACAACCUCAAGGCAAAACAUUACCAUGCAGGUAUGAAUCCCAGUGACAAGGCCAAGACGCAGAGUUCUUGGCAGAUGGGUCGGUGCCAUGUCAUUGUUGCCACAAUCGCAUUUGGAAUGGGGAUUGACAAGCCCGAUGUGCGCUUUGUUUUCCAUCACAGCAUCCCGAAGAGUCUGGAGGGCUACUAUCAGGAGACUGGACGUGCGGGUCGAGAUGGCAAGCGAUCUGGCUGCUACCUCUUCUAUGGAUACAAGGAUACCGCCACUCUCAAACGCAUGAUUGAUGCUGGCGAGGGCAGUUGGGAACAAAAAGCCCGACAAAAGGCUAUGCUUCGCAACGUGGUGCAAUUUUGUGAAAACCGCAGUGACUGUCGACGAGUACAAGUACUUGCUUAUUUCAAUGAAUACUUCCGGCGAGAGGAUUGUGGCAAUGCCUGUGACAAUUGCAAAUCUGAUCUAGUGUUCGAGGAACACGACUUUACUCAUCAUGCAUCCUCCGCCAUCAAGAUUGUGCGACAUUUCCAGUAUGACCUGAAAGAGAAGGUGACUGUCCUUUAUUGCGCUGACCUCCUGCGUGGAGAUCUGAAAAGAGCCAAAUCGCCGUCCCACAAGCAGAUACCUUGGUACGGCGAUGGGUCUGAUCUUGAUCGAGGAGAAGCAGAGCGUCUUUUCUACCGGCUACUGGGAGAGGACGCGCUUGGCGAAGAUAAUGUCAUCAACGGCAAGGAUUUUGCUGUCCAGUAUAUCCUGCUCGGUCGCCGUGCGACGGAGUAUGAAACUGGUCAGCGAAAGAUGAAGCUGCAAGUUCGCGUGUCCCCGAAUGGCAAGACCAAGGCAGCACGUCCAGCACAGAAGUCAAGACGGGGCAGUCAAGGGUAUCCUCAAUCUACGAUGGUCUCUUCUCCUAUUCAGUCUGCCAACGAUCGCCGCCAGGCGCGUUCCCGGCAACGAAGUGCUCGUGUUGAUCAUUCCUCGGCCGAUGAAGAUAGCGAAGGAUUUGAGCCAGUUCGAGUGGUUGGAAAGCAACGACGUGACAAUGCGCGGGAAAUCGGUCCCCCGAUUACUAGUGAUCAAAAGAUGGAUCAACUUGACCAUCUUCACCGCGCUGUCGUAGAGGACUUUGAGGUCACUGCUAAGCGAUACCUUCAAGAUAUUGUUGUUGAGAAGGGACUUCGCUACCAGCCAUUCCCCGAUUCCAUUCUGCGCGAGAUGGCCAUCGGGUUCCCCAAAAAUCUUUCAGAGCUUGCUGCAAUUCCGAACAUCGAUCAAGACAAGGUCCAACGAUAUGGUCGCCAGAUGUUGAGGCUAGUCGAUAAUGCGAAACGACGCUAUGCCGAAUUGACCCAAGACGCGCAAGAUGCCGAUGCGAAUGGAAUUGUGCCAGAUCCCAACCAUCACAAUGUCAUCAAUCUCAGCAGCAGCGAUGAGUACAGUGAUGAUGAUGACCUAUUCGUGGAUCAAGCUUCCAACCUCGAUUAUUCCAUGGAAGAUGUUCCUCCCAACGAAGACAUCACUAGCCGCUAUUUCCCUCCUCCACUAUCGCCGGGCUUUGACCCUGGAGACGCCAUGGAGUCAGGCGCUACUGCCUCAGGCUCCAAGGCACUCUCCAAGCGUCCAUACACUAAACGUCCACGGGGCAAGAAAGGUGCUUCUAGUAGUGGUGCCUGGAAAGCGAAGGGCCCCAGAGCAAAAUCUAAGGCCAGUGACCGUGCCCCAAGUCGUCCUGUUGCGCCGAAGAAGAACGUCAAGGCGAAGACCCCCAAAUCCACGAUUGGAAUGAUGCCCAUCUGA